AUGUUGGACAAGGCCAAGCUCAAAACAGAACUAUUCCUAAUCUAUGAGAAUGACGAUUGUAAAGCUUGCAGUCUGUUCCAGUUUUUCAUGGAGAACAAACUUCAGGGCAAGUUCACUAAGACUGUCAGUCUUCUCAAGAUUCUCAUCACCACACCCAUGACAACAGCAGAAUCAGAGAGAGAAGGACUGGGCUUGCUAAAAGUUAUUGAGGCUACAGUGUCACUCAAACCACAGUUCCAGCCACGAUUUUGUCACGCACGCAAUGUACCCUACGCACUGAAACCGAAAGUGGAGGCAGAAUUAAAUCGUCUAUUGGAGCUGGGGGUCAUCUCCCCUGUAACAUGCAGCGAAUGGGCUACCCCUAUCGUACCAGUGGUAAAAAGGAAUGGGGAUGUGAGGAUUUGUGGAGACUUCAAAGUAACAGUGAAUCCAGCCCUUUGUGUUGAUCGUUACCCGAUUCCACGAAUAGAGGACUUAUUCUCAUCAUUGGCAGGGGGUCAACGUUUCACCAAACUGGAUCUCUCAAAUGCUUACUUACAAGUGCCUUUAGCAGAAAGCUCACGCAAAUGUCUCACUAUCACCUCGUCGAAAGGGCUGUUCUGUUACAAUCGUUUACCAUUCGGCAUCGCUUCGGCUCCUGCAAUUUUUCAAAGGGCAAUGGAUCAGAUCUUACAAGGUCUUUCCAAUGUUCAUUGCUAUUUAGAUGAUAUAUUAGUGAUGGGGUCAAAUGACGAGCAGCAUCUAAAAAAUGUAGAGGCAGUCCUCAGCCGUCUGGAUGAGUUUGGGCUAUGUGUCCAACGUGAGAAGUGUGAAUUCUUUAAAGAUUCGCUGGAGUAUUUGGGGCACAAAUUGAAAGGGAGGCACUUGGAAUUGUCGCGGAAGUUUACAUUGCUCACGGACCACCGUCCGCUGACAACAAUUUUCAGUCCAACGAAAGCUAUUCCAUCUAUGGCUGCGGCCCGUAUGCAGCGCUGGGCUUUGUUGUUGGCAGCAUAUGACUACGAUAUCCAGUACAGAGUUGGUGCACACCACGGUAAUGCGGACGGUCUAUCACGUCUACCUCUGCAAAACGCAUCUCAGGUUAAGCUGGACACAGUGGAGUUGCUUCAAGUCAAGCAUCUGGAUUCUUUGCCAGUGCUGUGUUCAGAUGUUUGUAAAGAAACAAGGUCUGACGCCACUAUGUCACAAGUAAUGGAGAUGGUGGCAACGGGACAGUUUUCACAAGUCACAGAUGCAAAUAAUGUGCUCGCCCCGUAUGUGAACAGGAAAGAUGAGUUGACUACACAACAGGGUUGCCUCAUGUGGGGUUGGAGAGUUGUUAUUCCUCCUAAACUGAGAUCCAGGGUACUGGCAGAGCUGCACACUGGGCAUCCGGGUAUCGUAAGGAUGAAGGCAGUUGCUCGGAGCUAUGUCUGGUGGCCUGGCAUUGAUGCCCAAAUUGAACAAUUGUCAAAAACCUGUCACUCAUGCCAAACGACGCAAAAAGCUCCUGGUCCCUCACCAUUACACCCUUGGAAGUGGCUGGAAUCACCUUGGCAGCGAAUACAUGUGGACUUUGCAGGUCCAUUUGAAGGACACAUGUACUUGGUAGUCGUGGAUGCUUACUCCAAGUGGCCAGAGGUGUGCGUGAUGGAGUCAACUACAUCUACCAAGACCAUUCAGGUGCUGAGAGGAUUAUUUAGUCGUUAUGGACUCCCAGAAGUGCUGGUUAGUGAUAACGGACCUCAGUUCACCUCGGAGGAGUUCCAGACAUUUCUCAAGUCUAAUGGAGUGACACACACACGUUCUGCACCUUUUCACCCAGCUACGAACGGCUUGGCUGAACGCUUGGUCCAGACAUUUAAGUGGGCACUACGUUGUUCUAAGGGGCCAACUUCGAUUCAACAAAGGCUGGACACCUUUCUACUGGCGUAUCGAAACACUCCACACGCCACCACAAAGGAAUCACCUGCCAUGUUGUUUCUGCACCGCAGGUUGCGUUCUCGCUUGGAUUUGUUAAAGCCUAAUGUUGCCUCUGUGGUGGAAAAAGCACAAAUCAAACUGUGCCAGCAGCGUCAAGUGCAUGCUAAAGACAGAACAUUUUCUGUGGGUGACAAAGUAUUGGUGCGUGAUUAUAGGAGGGGAAAGAAGUGGACACCUGGUGUUGUUUCAGUAAAGACAGGCCCGGUAUCAUACACUGUCGAUGUGGGAUUUUCAGUUCACUGGAGACGUCAUGUUGAUCAGAUGUUGGCACGUCUAACUGACUGUAACAACGGAAAUGAGACGGGACCGGAGGUCAUGGAGGUUCCUGAGGGGAAUCUGACAGAUCCUUGUGAAUAUCCCAGGUCAGAAGAAACUUCACCGCCUAGUCUCGAUCCAAUCCAGACUGGGUCAGCACAACCUGUUGAUUCAUUCUCAAGUGAAACUGGUGAAGUGUUACGCACUCCACACAAAGAGUCGAGGAGAUACCCGGAACGUACCAUUAAGCCCCCGAUACGGUUUAGCCCUUAA